AUGGCGAAUAAUUCCUCUGAUCCUAAGCAGAAUGGUGGACGCAUGUUCACGCAUGAGGAGAUGUUAAGCUGGUGCUUUGGAUUUGGUAUUAUUGACGUCCUUAUUCUAAUAAGUAACACUCUCGCCAUUAUCGUUUUUACACGAAGCAAGUUGCUGCGAAAGCGUACAAACUAUUUUUUGCUUUGCUUGGCCAUUGCCGACAUCAUAGUUGGUCUGAUUUCCUUGCCAAUGUUUCUUCACACUCUGGUUGCAUACACCGAAAGUGGAGGAGUGACGCUGCCCAAAUUUGUCUCGCAAGUGCCAAUAGCGUUGGACAUCUUUGCGGGGUUUGCUUCCGUUUUUGCCUUAACAGUUAUUUCAUUGGAGCGUUUGUAUUCAGUCGCUCUACCCAACUGGCAUCGAACAACACCUUGUUACGUUUACGGUAUUUUAAUGACCAUUAUUUGGACUCUGGCCGCCAUUCUACUCACCUUUCGUAUACUUCAAGAUGAGAAAAUAGUGUCAGAAAUUAUGUUGUACUUAACGAUGGUGACGUUUUUUAAUUGUCUGGUGGUGAUUUGCUUAGCAUACGUUGGUAUUUGGAUCAAGGUGGUUCAAAGAAUGCACGAAAAAACAAAAAAGGCCCUUGAAAAGGACAAGAAACUGGCAAUGACCCUGUUUUUAGUGACGUCAAUUUUUGUUUUAAGUUGGACACCAUUCCAGGCAAUGAAUAUCUACAUUUCUUUAUCCGGUGUGUGUAAGGUUUCCUGUUCUAAUAAGAAACAUAUUGUGACCAUGAUCUAUCUCACCAAAAUGAUGCAGUACGCGAACUCGUUCAUCAAUCCGAUUAUCUACACCUUUAAGAUGCCCGACUUUCGCAGAGUUCUUCUGUCGCUUUUUGGUAGGAGAUCCUAUGGUGCAUCAACAAGGGGCACUUCGAGAAUGCUGACCGGUGACAGACGCAAGAGAGCAAGCACGCUGCGAUCCAGCGAUUGCGAGGCCAAUGGCAAUUGCGAAAAUGCGGUGUGAAUAUCUACCUAAGUUUCGUCAACUAAGUCAAUUCUGCAAAGUUAUGGUAGACAAAACCAGCCUUUAAGGACAACUGAUGAAAAUGGCGUAAGUAUAUUUCCGAAAGCCGCUAUUCAAACACGGAUGAAGGUGUAAGCGAUGAAAACGUCACGUGAGAAAUCUCCCCAAUGAAGAUUGUGAGUACACACACGAAAUUGUGCUUGAAUCACAAAUAACCCCUGCAAUGCAGGCCAUAGUCAACGAUGCAGAGCAUCCCUGUACUUAUCGAGCUAGAACAGUCAUGUGCUGCCAUCAAAAGUGCGCAUGCUUAUCUGAGACUGUCACGUGACUGUGGGUCCUAGCAAAGAACGAACCUAAUUGUAUGCAGCUGUGACUUCCUACAUAAGGUACAAGAUCAAUAUUUUUCAGUUACAAAUUUUAACACCUCAAUGAGGUUACUCUGUAUGCUGUAGUUUACAGCUAUUUCGAGAAACGUUGCCGGAAGUAGUGCAUUGUAUUGUGGGUGGUUUUCAGUUCACUUUUCUUCAAAGAAAUUUUAAAGAAUAGCACGAUAAGACAUGGACUUAUGUUUGCGAGUGCUUAAGGAAAGAAACAAAAGUAGGUUCGACAGCUACAGUGUCAUGAACAAUGUAUUGAUCAUAUCCCAUACUACCUUUCGGGAUUGUCGCUUGCACAUUUUUUCAGACAACCGUUCUCGAAAUAGCUGUUCAACGUGGAAACUAUGUGUGAUUUAGGAAGUCAAAUUAAGUUUCCUCACAUGCGCAAUGCGCACGGUUUUUCAUCAUAUCAACGUUUUUGGUGUUAAAGUUAUUGCAAUGAUAAACAUAUUUUCUGUUGCAGUAUUUGCAGCAUUGUUUAACUGUGCGGAGAGAACCAUAACAAAUGAAAACAUACACUCAACUGUUGUUCUUGAUCCUUGGAUCCUUUUCAAUACUGAUAAUUUUAUCUUGUUUGAUUUUUCUUACUUAAGGUUGUCAGUUUCUCUCACUUAAGAUUGUACCUAGCUUUUCGUUUAAUCACUCUUGAGGCUAGGAAUUGAACCACGAAAGAAGUCCUUGUCGACUCUUGCCUCUUAAUUGUUACUGUAGUUAUUCGAUUAAGCGCACUGGGCGCUUAUUAAAUUUUUGGACCUUGAGAGUGGGCGCUCAUUCGAGGUGGGUGCUUGUUUGAGGCUGGGCGGUUAUUAAUUGUCAUUAUUUUCAGCAAAUAGUAUGUUAAUUUUCCAACAAAACGGUAAAUAAAAACAAAACGUAAAGAUGUGCCAGAAAAGAAUUUUAAGUGUAAAAAAAGACUAAGAACUCGGUCUUCAGCGAAGUCUCUUAACUUAGUAGUGCUAAGUCAAUUUCUAUCUCUGUUUCAAUAAGGUCAAUAAGCGAACUCUCUAGUGGUUGCCUCGUCCAUGGCUCACCGUGUAAUGUCUGCAAAUGGCCGGGUCAGUCGACGAGAAGCAGAUAUCGCAGUAAACAAAUAAUAACCAAGACUCUUCUGGUCCACUUCAGUGUUUUGGAGGGUUGUGGAUGGGCUGGGCGCUUAUUCGAGGCUAGACACUUGUUAACUUCCUCCGUCCUCCGGACAGGAUGGGCGCUUAUUCGAGGCUGGGAGCUUAAUCGAAUAAAUACGGUAGUAGGCAUUGUGUCUCAUUUUAUAAUUGAAAAAAUGCUAUCACCUAUGUUAUCGUAUUCUCAGCUUUAGGGCAGGUAUUUUCGACUGUACGUUAACGAUUUUUGUUACAUUAAUUUAGUGUAGCAAGACGUCUGCUUAAGUUCGUUCUGGGAAGGAUAUAUUUUUAAAUUUAGUUGUAUAAAUCAAUCAUACAUUUCUAUUUUUGCUUCAACUCGUCGUCUAUGACUUUACAAGAAACUAUAUCGUAUAUAUUUGUACCAGUAUCAGCUUGGUUUUAGAAGGAGUUUAUCUUACUUCCAUAAACCUAUUAUAUUUUUAUUUUGGCCCAAGGUGUACAGAAAUGUCCAGAGUUAAAAAUACGCAUGCGCAAUUCUAUUGACAGUCUCCUCCUGAUUAAAAAGACACCAAACUACAAAAGGUCUGUCAGAUAUGAAGUACUUAUUAAACGAUACUUGCGUUCAAUCCUGGACUUAAGUUAAGUCGUGUGAAAAAAAUUUCUGGAGGAAAAAACUUUUUAUGACCGAUUUUGUGGUAGUUGGUGGUGGUCCACGCCCUUUGCAGCUGGAUCGCGUGAUAUAAUUUUAUAUAAAUAUAAAUAUAUUUUUGCAAAUUAGGCCAAGUAGCUCCAAACUGUACAGGGCCGUUUGCAGAUUCGACGCUUUAUUUGUAGGUAGUCUCAUAACUGUAAAGUGUACCCUCAACAGCGUCUAAUAAAAUGAAAGGGUUGUUGGGUGAAGUCAAUUGUGUAAAGGUUUUACUUUUCCUUUAACACUUGUCAUUGGCGUUGUCAAAUAUGCUGGUAACUUUGACUUCACUCUUUGAUACACGUCACAGCCACCACAACUUUGACUUGAAGUGAAAGUUGUGGUGGCUAUGCCACACUUUUGAUGCAUGUCAAAGAUGAAGGCAGUUACGAAAAACUACACUUUGACAACACGUUUGAAUGGUGUCAAAGGUGACAUCAAUGAACAAUGAUUCAAUGAACAACAGUUAUUUCCACGGUUCAAACAUUUAUUUUCAAACUGAUAAAAGAAAAGCUGUAAUACUGCUUUAGUGAGAUACUCAAACGACAAAUCCAAUACCCAUGGCUUUAAGUACAGGUAAUCGCCGUUUUAAUUUUUUUAAAAAGGAUCGCCCUCGGCUGGUGAUUUACGAGCUUUCCUCGUGUUCCUAACAGCCCGCGUGGGUUAUGACGCCGGUUAAACCCAUGAAAGUGUGGCCUUUUGUUGUAAUUAAACAACUGUUUUUUCGAGAAACUUCAAAGAUAUUUUUAUGUGUUGGUUUACAAAUUCGAGUGGAUCGUUUUUUUUUCAAGCUAAACUAAUAUGGAUUUGUCUCUUAUCUAUCCACCAUUUUAAGCGGUAUCCAGAUCGCAGCUGAAUUUGGUUGGAAUCGCGGCAUGGAUUCAUUUGCAACCUACGUGUAUGGCCAUAGUUUAUACCCGUUUGAAGUUUAUUUUUUAAUCUUAAAAACAUAUUCUAAAAAACAAGACUCGGAAGGGUAAAAUGCGAGGGCGUCAGUUGCAAAUGAAUCCUACCUAAGACCCCCUGUUGAGAGACGUCAAAGACCAUUCUCGCACGUUAAGGGUGCAUAAAUGUGUGAAAUAUCGAUCUUUGAUCGCUCCUUUGACGUUCUGUAUAUCCAUUUUUUCUAUGGUCGAAAAAGGCGUAAAAAAUAAUGACAAUUAUAAUAGUAAUGAUAAAUUAUUUACGGCUAGGCAGAGAAGUUUAAUUUUCUGCGGAUCCAAGUGAUGUCAUUGACAAGCACGAGAAGCUGACGAGGAGCUUCAGUCUUUUUGUGCUUCUAUUCCAGAUCAUGAGUUGAAUAUGGGCGGUGCUGUUUCAAGGAAAUCGGGUUUCUGUGGAUCACUCCGAUUGACACUCUACUACACGCAGUUACAACGAAUUAAACUCAUACCAUUCAAGUCAAAAUAACAAUUCUUGGGUAAUUUGGUGGCUUUGAUGCAGAUGUCAGAAAUCGUAACGAAACAGACAUUUUUUCGAGUAUGCUAAGCGAGAAUGUUGUAUUCAGAAGCUCGAAUCGACUGAAAAGUAACAUCGAGAAGUGAUCACAAUUAACGCACUUUGGGGCUCAGGAAAGACUUUUAAAAGGGAACGAAAUUUAUGAAAUAAAAUUAAAGAUUCUUCCCUUUUUAUGUUGAUUGGUAGCUCAAACGUGAUUACUUUCAGGGUAACCAACCAGACCACAAGAAAGCCCUGAGACAAAAGGUUGGGUAAAUAAUGUAAGGUAGGAAACAAAAAGUCAACAGCAUGAUUAUAAACAUAAGCAAGGCAGAUGUAAAUUUACUGCAUGUUGUCAGUCUCUGGAGGUUAUAAGAUGAUUUUGUUGGUUCAGAGCUACAGCUCAGUAAGUAGACUCGAAAAUUCCGAAUCUUGUCAGGUUUAAGGAACAGAUACGGAAACUAAGAAACUUCUGCUACUGUCCACGUUCAUAUCUAACCUCUUCAGCCCAGGAUUCAAGUGAGUACAAUGCAUCUUAGAGGCUAUCUUCAGUUGGUGAAUGAUUGAAAGGUGUACGACAGUAAAUUGUAGGGUUUUCCUAAAAACUAGUAAAAAAAAAAAACAGGUCUCUAUGCCAUUAAUCAUUAUAGUCGUUCGGAGUAUUAAUCAAGAAGAGUUUGCUCUUUGCAGUAUAAUUUUGAACUUCUAGAUUUAGGCUUGUAAACUUUAGAUAGCUUCAGUGACGUUUUUAAAUGUUCUUCAAAUAGUUAUUCUGACCUUCGUUUUGAGAAAAACGUAAUUAUAUCGUAACUUUCCAUAGGCGACUCAACCACCUAUCUCUACUACUUUUACUAUAUUCCACUGGUUUGACUCAAGAACGAAAUAUGGUGCUGUAGCAGUAUGUAUUUUAAAAAUACGUUUUCCUCAAAUAUUCUUCAAUCCGCCAAAAACAAUAUUUGACUACUGUCUUAUUAAUUCUUUAUUAUGUUGGCGUAUGGAAAUUGUUUCGUCGAAAUCUUCAAUGAAACACUGAUUAUUUGAUGCCGAGCAGAUAACUUGUGAAUUUGCUUUUGCUAAAUUUAUCAGAUUUUCACUUUACUUUAACAAACAUAUCCGACGACGACUCGGUCUGCUUGAGUCAGCGUAGGCGUAGAAGACAAUAAAUUUUCACAGUCCUUAACAGGUGCAAUCGACUCAUGCUGUUAGCCUCAGAACUGGUUGAAUCUUUUUUCAAACAAUUUGGUAUUACUGUUUAAAAAUUGUCUACAAAUUCAAUAAUCAAAAAUAUUAUUUGGAAGUCAACAAAAAUUAUAUCAAAUACAAUACAAUCGGAUGUAAUGAACCCGAAGCUGUCAGCGUAAUCAUGAUUAUUACAUUACUAUUUUCUUUCGUUAUCUUUUCUUUCUUUUUUUCUCUUCUUUUUUUCCUUUUUUUUUUAAUCAUGCCCACUAAGAAAUGUUCCAGGGCUUGUUAUAGCAAAGUUACUGUUUUCUCUAACGCGAUGCCCAGACCUAUAUGAAUGAAUUGUUUGAUCGUUAGUAUGAAUCAGAUCUUCCGUUUGGCUUUGACUUGGGAACAUGAAAUAUUUGUUAUUCAGGAGAAAAAAGGGUAAUAUCGAAUAAAGUUAAAUCGUAUAGCAUUUUUUGAAGCUGUCGCUAUCGAUACUGAUGAGCUUAAGGCUGCAUGCAAACGGACGCAACAUUGUUGACCAACAACUCCCAACAUUGUAGGAUGUUACAUGUUGCGUCCGUUUGCACACCCUGUUGCAUGUUGUUGCGCAAAGUUUGAAACCGGUCAAAGCUGAAACGUUUAGCCCCGUGCAAACGGACGCAACAUUGUUGGCUUAAACCUCCCAACAUUAUAUUGUUGAGAGUUGUUGCGCCCGUUUGCACGUAGCCCACGUUUUUGAACGACGCACGUCAACCAGAAGUGGACUUUUUGCAUUCUUGGGCAGUUAUUUUGCUCACAUUUUCUGGUAAAGCGUCUCUAUAAGACUUAAGACAUUUACCAAUACUAAUUUAGAAGCGUCAUGGCAUAUCAAAAGGGAAAAGGGCUCACUUCCAGGUGACGUGUGUGGCUUAAUAGCGCUUUUGCUUCCCUUUGUUUACAAACAAUAAUUAGCGACCCGCGAGUAAAUGUAACUUCUGGCAUUAAAAUUACGCUCGCUUCACGCACUUUCACCAGCGUCCUUCUAAUCGAUCAUAAUCAUAACCAGUAUAAUAAAGCUACGUGCAAACAGAUGCAACAACUCCUAACAAUGUUGGGACCCGCAGUGCAUCGUAGGAUUAGGAUUCAUCCCAUAAGACUUUGGAGACCAUGUGUGAUGAUCGUGCGUGGCCCCAGCAAAUUGGAAGAGCCGUGCAAAUGGAUCCAAAAUUGUUGCCCAAAGUGCAUCGAAGAAAGCCGCAAAAAUCUAUAGCUAGUAUUUAUCUGCCAAAUUUAUCUUUCUAAUUCCCCAAGAAGUACUAUAAAGAACGUUUUUCGUUCAGCUUAUUCAUUCCUGUUUUUUAUCUUAUUAUGUUUCUAGCUACUAGUAGUGCUGCUUCACCAGCUUCACCGCUGUUCCACCACUUUUUUAAAGCAUUCUUCAAAUAGUUAUUCUGACCUUCGUUUUGAGAAAAACUUAUAUCGCAUCUCUCGAUCGGCGACUAAACCAUUGCUCUAUUACCUUUACUUUAUAUCAAUAGUUUGACUCAAGAACGAAAUGUGGUGUUGCAGUGACGUAUUUUAGAAAUACGUUUUCCUCAAAAUUCUUCAAUCUGCCAAAAACAACAUUGGCUACUGUAAUCAAAAAUUCUUCAUUAUGCUGGCGCAUUAAAAUUGUUUCGUCGAAAUCUUUCAAUGAAACGGCGAUUAUUUGAUGCCGAGCAGAUAACUAGUGAAUUUGCUUUUGCUAAAUUUAUCAGAUUUUCACUUAAUCGGAUUUAUUUAUUAAACAUACUCGACGAAGACUCGGUCUUUCUGAAUCAGCGUAGGCGCUGCGUACUCCGGCUGCUUUAACAGCUCUACCAUUCCGAUGAUAAACAAAGCACAAGCCUUGAUUUCUUCAUUCGCACUGAGGAAGAGCUAGCUCUCAAAAAGUUAGCUUUUCAAGUUGCAGUCACGUGGUAAAUCGGCUUUGUCAACUCAGUCGUUUAAUAAAUCUUUCAUGUAAUUCGGUAUCUAAUUUAAUGGUUAAUUUCCUUUCAUUUAUUUCUCAUUUAAUUUUUUAAAAUUGCUUGAUGUAUAUAAGUAAAUAUAAUGUUUAAUUUCCUUCCAUUUAUUUUUCAUUUCAUUUUUUUAAUUGGUUGAUUUUACUUGCAGAAUGAAUAUCACCGUUACGAAUGUAACUGAAAUACCUCAGAAAGGUACUUUUAAUUUGGACCCAGGAAUGGAAAUGUACGGGAUUAUAUUAUUGUUGGUAUUUUACUCCAUCCUGUGUCUUGGCAUCCUAAGCUUGAACUAUUUGAUCCUGCGAGCCUUUAUGAGAACAAGAGCUCUUCUACCACGCCAGCGAAUUUUCCUCAGCUUCCUGGCCUCCAUAGAAUUUUCAGUGGGACUGGUAUCCAUACCGGCAUUUAUGUACAACAUGCUGUACUGGCCCAGUUAUAUGUAUUUCAUUUAUGAGGCCUUUGAUUGCGCUUCAGGUUUUGCUACCGGUCUCAUUCUUGUCAUUCUAUCAAUUAAGGUAUUGCGGGCAACGUUCAGAGCCCCAACUCGAUACGCAGGCCAUCCACGAAGACGUAAUCUAUACUUCGUCGUGGUGGGUUCCAUUGUCACUGCUGCAAGCGUCUCCGCCUUAAACAUGACAUGUCUUAUGAAUUACCUUUCCUUCUCUUUUUUCUUUUUCUCAGCUGGAGGCCUUCUAUCCGUCUUUGUACUUGCAAUUGGUGUUACAUGCACCGUUACCACAGUUACGAUUGUAAUUGGCAAAGAAAGCGACAAUGAACAAGACGAAGAUAGAAAAUUUAGGAAAUUGGUGUUGAUGUCCUGCGCUGUCUAUAUAUUCACAUGGGCCUUACCUUAUACACUUUUCAUUUUUAAUUCCUUUUGCGGAUUUUGCCUCCCGUUACCCCCUAUGUUUUUUUACAUUGUCAGACUAUUUUUGUACUUGAGGUCAUUCCUCAUUCCCAUAACAUAUUUUAGAAGUAAUCCAUUAUUUUAUAAAGUUGUGAGGAAAAUCCUGACAAGAGAAUGCCUUGGAAAACACUUCAGAUACUAA